AUGGCGGACGUUGGAGGCAUCCCGGAUGGGUUGAUGCAGCCUGAGAACGCCGAGGCGGCAGUCUCGGGAACCCUGCCGCAUGGAGAGGAUGCCGAGAGCAAAGCAGACCUAGACAGCCGCACGGAGGCGCUGCGCAAUGAGUUUGUUUCAUCCAUGCACAGCGCAGCAGCGGCGGAGGGCGCCGAGGGAGCGGACGGCGGCGGCGACGGCGGCGAGGAGGCUCUGUUGGCUGCCGCCAUCGCCAAACAGGCAGUGGCUGCUGCGCUGGAAGCCGCAGACGGAGACCAAGGCGGCGGCGUGGUGGUGGCGCCCGGCGGCAGCGGCAGCGGCAUGGAAGGACCCUCCCAGCAUGCCCCCCAGCAGCUGGAGACUGUGCAGGGUGUUCAGAUGGAUGAUGACAGCGACGACGUGUUUGAGGAUGUGGGGGAGGACGAGGUGGAGGAGGAUGGUGGGGAGGCGGCACAGGGCCCCAGCACCAGCCGCUCUGCAGCGGCUGGCCCGCAGCCGCACGCCAUCGAAGUCCUCGACGAGCUGGAGGAUGAGGAGGAAGAGGCGGCCAUUGAUGCUGCCGUGGCGGCGCUGGGCGUGGGCAGCGGCGCCGGCGAGUGGGAGUCGGCUGCGGUUGGCAUGGAGGACGCUUCUGGCAGCGGCGAGGGCGGCGGCAGCACCGUGCUCAGCUCGCUGCUGGGCCGGCUGCAGGCUGCGGCUGCGGCGGCAGGGUCUGCAAUGGCGGAAGGGACGGGGAAGAUACAGGAUGUUGUGGGCAAGCAUGUGACGGUGGGCAAGGCGACCGGCGUGGGCGCACAGGAUCGUGCAAGAAGUAGAGAUGCCCGUUUUGCCGGCCUUGGCAAGAAGCAGAAGGUGCAGACCGCCAGGGAUGCGGCGCGUGCCAGCAAGAAGCAAGAGGCAAAGGCGGCCAUGACCAGCUCCGACAAGGUGGAGGCGUUUGCCGAGGUGCUCAACCGCUUUGCGGAUGCGUGCCGCACCGGCAACCUGGGGGAGGUGCACCUGCUGCACUCCAACCUGUUCAGCAAGGCAAACCAGGUCAUUGUCAGCAAGAUCGGCCUGCCCCCGCCCCGUGACCUGCCCUGGAAGCCCAAGUCGCUGCCAGAGUUCUUCCAGGCCUGCUACGUGCUGGCCAUCCGAGCCACCGGCGGAAUAGAUCUGGCCAACGAAAUCGAGAGGAUGAACUGGGAGUACACGCAGGAUGACAGGAGGAGGGAUGCUCUGGACUUCUCGCAGCUGGUGGCGGAUGCAGCCAAGGAUGAGGAAUCGAUGCGGGUGUCGCUGGGGGCGGGCGCACGCAUCGACCGUGAGAUGUUCCAGGCCAAGAGGGAUCUGAUCCACGAAUGGAUUGAGAAGGGAUACCUGGAUGUGCUCAGCAAGGCAAUCAACCUCCUGCCCCAGUGCAUCACAGCGCCGAGAGAGCCACCCCUGGUGACUGCGCUGCGAGCUGGGCACAACAAGAAGGUGAUCACCCUGCUGCUCAAGCCCUGCGACAACCACCGCCCGCGAGGAGUGGACGAGGCAUCCCCCACAGAUGGCGCCACGGCGGUGGCUCUCGCCAUUGAAAACAACCGCACCGACAUCCUGAAGCUUUCUUCCCGCUGGUCCAUGGCGGUGAAGGGCAAGCCCUGGACGCCGCUGUGCUAUGCGCUGGCGCAGGGGCACGCCGGCAUGGUGCCGCUGCUGCUGGCACAUGCCAAGAAGGGCAAGCCUGAGGCAGCAGAGCUGGCCGAGUAUGUGGAUGAGGUGUGCGAGGGCGCCACCGCUCUGCACAGAGCUGUGGCGGUCGGCGCACACGACAUGGCGCGCCUACUGGUGGAGGCGGGCGCCGACCCAACCAUCCGCACCAGGGAGAGCGGCCGGGCCACGUCUGCGCUGCACCUGGCGGCGGCACAGGAUCAGCUGCAGCCGCUUCUGGAGCAGAUGCUGGCAGCCAUCCUUGAGGAGCGGCGCCCCGCGGUUCUGAACACCCUGGUAGACCAGGCAGACAACACGUUGCUGCACUGGGCGGUGGCGCGGGGCGCGGUGCCGCUGGCGGAGCUACUGCUUGGCAUGGGCGCACGUCCCACCUCUCGCAGCGAGAGCCGCUCGCCGCUGCUGCGCCUGCUGCUCAAGCUGCAACAAGUGGGCAUCGGGGAUGGGGCAGGCGGCGACGCGCCGAGGGAGGAGGAGGCCGCGGCAGCUGCCGAGCAGGAGGACCAGGAGCAGGAUGCGCUUCGGCAGAUGGAGGGCGCCUUUCUGGCGCACUGGCGGGCCGAGGAUACGACCAAGGCGCUGCAUCCCAGCCAGCGCCCGGCCGACUCUGCGCUGCUCCACGACUGGCUGCUGCAACGGCGUGGCGUCACCCUGGACCCGAUCCUGUCGGAUGCCAAGCAGCGCCAGGCGGUGGGCCAGGCGGCGGUCGACGACCGCAACCGGCUGCUGCUGGAGCUGCUGCUGGAUGAGCCUGGCUUCUCGGCGCAGGGGCUGUACCUGCACCGCCUUGUGGACCGGCUGAAGGGCACCCAGCUGGACCUCAUGCAGCGCUUGCUGGAUGCCGGCGCCAGCAUGCACGAGCGGCAGCCGCCGCAGGGCACUCCUUUUCUGCACAAGGCGAGCCGCCGCCGCUGCGCCGCCUCACACUCACUCGGCACCCGCUGGCGUACGCCGCCGAAGAAAAACAACUUGGUUGCCCUGGAGGGCUUCUGGCUUGGGGGCGCAAACGUGGCACCGUUGGAUGACCAGGGCAACAACUGCUUGCAUGCUGUGGCCCGACAGAAGGCAAAGGCGGGAGUGGUGUAUGCUGGAGUGGUGGCCAGGCUGGUGGAUCUCGCCCCCCAGCUGCUGACGCAGCGCAACGAAGCCUUCUUCCUACCCAGCGACUCGGCGCCGGCGGACAGCGCUGUGGAGGCCCAGCUGGAGGCGCUGACCAAGCGCCAGCUGGAUGCGGGCAAGGUGGCAGAGGAGGCUGAGCGCUGGGCGCGGGCAGCCAAGGACUGGACACAGCUGGGCCCCCCCACCGAGGAUGCGGAGCUCAAGCGGCAGAGGAUUGAUGCCAUGCUGUCGUCCAAGCUAGCGCCCACGGUGCAGAACAUCCAGCGGCAGGAGAAGCUGGGCGCUGCGGCCGGGCUGCAGCGUCCCGACUCGGCUGGCGCCACCACCAUCCCGCCUGAGCGCCGUGCCAUAGCAGCCAGCGCCGAGCCCACCCCACCCACCACCCCGACAUCCAUCUACCGCCAGCGGCCCCACAAGCGCAGCUGGGCUGACCUGGCUGACGAGAUGCCUGCUGUGGUGCGCCUGCCGGUGUGGCCGGAGAGCUUGGAGGCGGCCGCCGCGGCAGCGCGGGCCGACCCCGCGGCGGCAGUGGCGCAGAUCCUGAGGCGGGCCACACCCGAGGGCGCCGCCCCCAUCAGCUCCCUCAGGCAAGCAGGCCGCCUCGUUCAUCGAUGA